UUAAUCACUUUUUGUUCAUUCAAAACUACACCUCAUAUUCAUAUAGACAUCAAUACUUAUGGAAUAGCUAUCUAUAAGUGUGGCAACAGUUUGCUCCAUAAGCUCAACUCAAACCACUUUUGAACGCCAGUCCACUCCUGUGUCCCACAGUUUGCAGUACUGUCUGUCUGUAUGAGUGACUCGCGUGUGAAGAAGCCCUCAAGAAAUAAAUGUUUUUUGAUUUAUUGAAUAACUUUAAAAUUAUUGAUUUUUAAUCAGUUGUUUGGUUCUUAAAGUGAAAUUAUUGUCUGAUUUUUGUGGUCGAAAACAAGAGUUGUGUAUAUAAUAUACAUGACAUAUAAUAAUAGUAUUAAUAAUAAAAAGUGGAGAAAAACUGGAAUAAGAAGUUAACGAACAAAACCAGAACUAAUGAAUAUUUGUUGAAAUUCAACGUUAGCUUUAUUUUUAGAAGUUUAAUAAUAAGUUUCUUAUAUAUUAGUUAUAAUAAGUAGUAUUAUUGAAUAAUUUAUACGUUAGUUUUCACUCAAAAUACCGUUCCCUCUCUCCAUUCCUCGAUUAUCUGUUUAUUUGGCACUAAUUCUCAAUUCAAGUCAAUAAUACAUAACUGUUUGGUUCGGAAAGUCGACAAAAGUAUCUCAAGAGUUGUUGUUUUCGGUGAUAAUCACUUCUGGAGAUGUCUUUCGUGAACAUGCAAACAGCGGUCUCGCCGUUCAUAACGACCGUUGUCUCGACGUGUCGUUACUAUUACUACGAUAUAUGGCAGAUGAGUGGUGACCCCCGGGUGGCCAAGUAUGCCUUCUUCGAGGGCGGCCCCUGGUCUACACUGGCUAUGAUCGGCGCCUACCUGUACUUCAUUAAAGUGAUUGGACCCGAGUUUAUGGCCCACCGGAAGGCCUACGACCUCAAGAAGACUAUACUGGUGUAUAAUAUAGCGAUGGUUGUGCUGUCGGCCUGGAUGUUCGUUGAAGCAGGGUUCUUUCUGCUGAACUACGGGCUGGACACGUGGGGCUGUCAAGUGGUGAACUCAGCCCAAACCGAUGCCAAAGAGAUGCGCAAACUGUUGUUGGGUUGGCUCUUCUUCAUCACGAAAUUCAUUGAGUUCGCGGACACCGUCUUCUUCAUACUCCGCAAAAAGACUACACAAGUGUCGACCCUCCAUGUCAUACACCACGCAUUGGUUCCCAUUCUCGUGUGGAUAGGGUUCAAGUUUGUGCCUGGUGGUUCCAACGCAUUCUUCCCGCUAAUUAACUCACUCGUGCACACAAUUAUGUACACCUACUACGGCCUGUCGACUCUGGGGCCGCACAUCCAGCCCUAUCUCUGGUGGAAGAAGUAUUUGACGCGAAUUCAAAUGAUCCAGUUCGUGCUAAUCAUACUGAACUCCCUGCGCCUCCUGUUCCUGCCCCAGUGCCAGUUCCCCAAACCCUUUAUUUAUAUGACUGUUUUCAACGGCGGCCUAUUUUUAAUACUCUUCUCCAGUUUCUAUCGUCAGGCCUACAAAGGCAUCGCAUUUAGGAAUAAAUCACAAUAAAUUUGAAAUAUAAAUAUAUCUUAUAAAUAUAAAUAUCUAUAAAAACCCCCUUUUUAUCUAAACUUCCUCUCAUUUUCUCCACUUUUCAUUCACUUUUUAAAUGUUUUCCACUUUUACUCCUAAAUAUAACUUUCUAUUCGCAACUCUCGUGGCAUGAAUUCUAUGGACACUAUGUGUACCACUAUUUCACUACAGUAUCAGAGCGACUAUAAUGUGCUAAAUAUUGGACACAAAACGUGUUAAACUGUAUGUGAAAUGAUUGGUUCGCAUAUUUUAAUCGCUUUCAUACCGAUAUAAAGAGAUAUGUUUAGACACACGGAGUUGUAUUAAAUAGUUAUAAAUAGCCUUUAAAUGUAUGUGCAAUUCAAGCCCCAAUCGAGUGAACCCCUAAACUUGACCCGAACUCCAGUCCCAGUCCUGACUGACUGUCUAUUUUCAAUAUUUUUAAUCAAUACUACUAUUUAUAAAUGUAAAACAACUCUUAAGUUACGAGUCUUGAUAUUUCCAUUUAUAAGACAUUCAGAGCGCUAACACAUUACAGACU